GGAAGGAAAGGAAAACCUUUCGAGAGAGCUCAACAACAUUCUGAUAUUUCCCGUCCUCCAAGCAAGAGCUUCCCUAACUCUCUUUCGUUCUUCCGGAUUCCUCGAAGCCCAGCAACCAUGCUUACAGUGAGCGUUAAAUGGCAAAAGAAAGUGUUGGAAAAGGUUGAAGUUGAUACAACACAACCUCCGUAUGUCUUCAAGUGCCAGUUGUUUGAUUUGACUGGCGUACCCCCUGAGAGGCAGAAGAUUAUGGUAAAGGGUGGUUUGUUGAAGGAUGAUGCAGAUUGGACAGCUAUUGGAGUAAAGCAGGGUCAAAGGCUGAUGAUGAUGGGAACUGCGGAUGAGAUUGUGAAGGCCCCCGAAAAGGGCCCUGUUUUCGUAGAAGAUCUUCCAGAAGAAGAACAAGUUGCUGCUGUGGGUCAUACUGCUGGUUUGCUUAACCUAGGGAAUACCUGCUACAUGAAUUCGACUGUACAAUGCUUGCAUUCGGUUCCAGAAUUGAAGUCUGCUUUACUCAAAUAUCCAUCUGAAAGAAGAAAUGAGGUGGACCAAACAUCUCAUAUGCUGACCGCUGCAACUAGGGAAUUAUUUAAUGAACUUGACAAGAGUGUGAAGGCUGUUGCACCUAUGCAAUUUUGGAUGGUACUUCGCAAAAAGUAUCCACAAUUUGGCCAAAUGCACAAUGGCUAUUUCAUGCAACAGGAUGCUGAAGAAUGUUGGACACAACUUCUGUACACUCUUUCACAGUCUCUCCGGGGAUCAAGCAGUGGUACAAGCGAAAAUGCUGAUGCGCUGAAGGAUGUGUUUGGCAUUGAGCUUCUAAGCAGGGUUCACUGCCAGGAAAGUGGUGAAGAAAGUUCAGAGGCAGAAUCUGUCUAUUCACUAAAAUGCCACAUAUCACAUGAGGUGAACCAUAUGCACGAAGGACUGAAACAUGGUUUGAAAUCGGAAUUGGAGAAGGCGUCUCCUGCCUUGGGACGUAGUGCAAUUUUCUUGAAAGAAUCCCGUAUCAAUGCGUUACCAAGGUACUUAACUGUCCAGUUUGUUCGCUUUUUCUGGAAGAGGGAGUCAAAUCAGAAGGCAAAGAUUUUGAGGAAAGUGGAUUAUCCGUUGGAGCUGGAUGUCUAUGACUUGUGUUCAGAAGAUCUUCGCAAGCAACUAGAAGCACCACGCAAGUUGUUGAGAGAUGAAGAAGGCAAAAAGCUCGGUUUAAAGGGAAAGGAGAAGGCUGAUUCAAAGGACACUGAUGUCAAGAUGACUGAUGCAGAGGGAUCAUCCACUGCAAGUGGUGAAUCAUCAAAAGCUGCUACCUUGAGUGACGGUGCCCCAUCAGACAAAGAAGCACAGCUUACCGGAGUGUAUGAGUUGGUUUCGGUCCUCACCCACAAGGGAAGAAGUGCCGACUCGGGCCACUAUGUCGCCUGGGUCAAGCAGGAAAACGGAAAAUGGAUCGAGUUCGAUGAUGAUAGUCCCAUACCACAGAGAGAAGAAGAUAUAGUGAAGCUCUCUGGAGGAGGUGAUUGGCAUAUGGCGUACAUUUGCAUGUACAAGGCCCGCACGGUACCCAUGUAGUAGUAAUUUGGGUAUGAUUCUUCUUUUAGUAAGAACAGAAACACGAGAAGCCUCUUGCCACAGAGCAUUCUCUACAGAUUUGUGAAUGUUGAUUAUGUUUUAGAGGUUGAAUUCUUGCCACCAGUUCUGCUAUCUUCUCGGAUUUUUGUCUUCCUUUAGUUUCUCAUUUGCAGUUACAUUAUGAUUGUGGAUUGAGAUGGAUAUAUGUAAUUGGGUUCCUUGGGGCAUUUGAGCUGCAAGGUUUAGAACUUUCCCUUCCCGCGUUAUGCUUUUUGAGCUGCAUGGUUCCCCGUUAUUAACAUUCAUAAGAACAAAAAUAAAAGGACUUAAUUUUUUUGACCAAA